UGAACUGUAAAGUAUGGUGAGAGAUAAUGAGGGGUCACAAACAUCACGCCAGUGUUAUCAGUGAGUGGUGCAGGCAGACAGCUACUCCCUACCCGUAGUCCACUGCUGGUACAGCCGCUAGCGUCGCUCUCCACCCACAGGACCGACAGGUUGUAAACAGUCAUGGCCCGACCAGCUGACGGCGACUGUGUUCCGGACCUCAGGAAGGAACGUUCAAAUUGUUCCUUCAAUAAGGAAGAACUUACAAAUCUUCUCGAUAAUGGGAAGGAGAAGACUUUAACUCGCCGGAAAAUAGAGAACCUCUUCCUUUCGGAUCCAGAAUUUCUUGAUCCAAUUCGUCCAGAAUACUUGAGCCAUGAAGACCGGUAUGCAAAUGAAUUGCGUAAAGCAUGUCACAUGAUUCGAAGUAUUAAUGAAAAUGAGGAGGUCCAGCAAGUUGUUGGACAAAUGGAAGGAAUCAGAACUCUGAUGGGGUCAGGACUAGGUGUGGCACUUACUAAAGAUGGAAACCCCCUUGCUUUGCACUUUGUCAUGUUUCUCCCAGCAAUCUUGGGUCAGGGUACUGUUGACCAACAAGGAGAGUGGAUGACACGUGCAUGGGCUGGACAAAUCAUUGGUACUUAUGCCCAAACAGAACUGGGUCAUGGAACCUUCCUUAGAGGCCUCGAGACAACUGCUACAUAUGAUCCAAAAACCCAAGAAUUCAUUUUGCACUCUCCCACCAUCACAGCAACAAAAUGGUGGCCUGGAGGAUUGGGUAAGACGGUCAACUAUGCUGUGGUUAUGGCUCAGCUCUACACUAAAGGACAGUGUCAUGGUAUCCAUGCCUUUAUUGUCCAGCUCCGAGAUGAAGAAACUCAUCAGAGUAUGCCAGGUGUCACUGUUGGAGAGAUUGGUCCAAGGCUGGGAAUGAACACGAAUGAUAAUGGUUUCUUGAAAUUUGACCAUUGCCGCAUUCCUCGUAUGAACCUGCUCAUGAAACAUGCGCAGGUUUUAGAGGAUGGAACAUAUGUGAAGCCAGCUAGUGACAAGCUUGCUUACGGCACAAUGGUAUUUGUGAGGGUUGCCAUUUGCUUCGAUUCAUACCGACAGCUGCAGCGUGCAGUGACCAUAGCAACACGUUACUCUGCUGUUCGUCAUCAAUCUGAGUUGGUCCCAGGGCAACCAGAACCUCAGAUUCUUGAUUAUCAAACUCAACAGUAUAAGCUGUUGCCACAGAUUGCCACUAUAUUUGGUAUACAUUUUGCUACAAAAGAUGUUUGGGACACUUACAAUGAAGUUACGGGAGAUAUCCACGAUGGCAACCUGGAUCUUCUGCCUGAGAUACAUGCUUUAUCAUGUGGCCUUAAAGCUCUGAGUUCUAGUGAUGCUGCCUCAGGAAUAGAAGUUUGCCGUCUUGCCUGUGGAGGACAUGGUUACCUAGCAUCUUCAAAUCUGCCACGAAUCUACACAACCACUACUGCUGCCAUUACUUAUGAGGGGGAAAAUACAGUCAUGUGGCUACAAGUGGCUCGGUAUCUUAUUAAGUCAUACCGUGAAGCUCGUCGAGGUCAACCUUUGCAGCAUUCUGUGUCCUACCUCACCACCCAACCUACAUCCACCCACAGCACCUCUGAAUACACUAAUGCAGAUCUGGUGGAGGCUUAUAAAAAAGCUGUGUCGUCCAUGGUAUCAGAGACUGCUGCCAGACUCCAGCAGUAUUGUGAUAUGGGACGACCUUUUGAACAUGCCUGGAAUAGCUGCUCUGUUCUGUUGGUGAAAUGUGCCCAGGCUCAUAUUCGGUACUUUACAUGCGAAAAGUAUGUGGCUGGUGUCACGAACACAGAAUUGAGUGAAGGAGUGCGCAAUAUCUUGCAUCGAUUGUGUCGCCUCUACCUCAUCUAUCACAUCACCCUGAAUCAGGGGGAUUUUCUUAGGAGUGGAUCCUUGACAGCCCAUAAUAUUGGUACUUUGGAAGGGGAGAUGUGCGAUCUGUUGGCUGCCUUACGACCCGAUGCUGUGUCACUUGUUGAUUCUUUUGAUAUCCAUGACCGCAUUCUGGAUUCGACUCUUGGAUGUUGGGAUGGAAAUGUGUAUCAAAGAAUGUUUGAUGAAGCCCAGAAGAGUCCUCUGAACCAAACUGAUGUUCCCGAAGCUUACUACAAGUAUUUAAGACCACUCAUGAAAGCAAACCUCUAAUUCUAAAAAACCUACAAUGUGCAAUUUUUGUUUGCAGUACUGUAAUUAUCAAAAUUAGUAAUACUGUAUUGUAAAUCCAUGAUUACUAGAUUUCUCUUUAUAGUUUGUUAAUACUAGAUUAUUAUAUUAUUGAUUAGUUUUAUAUAGCGGUGAUGAUAUAGUUUAUUAGGUUCUUUUUCUUUGUAAAUAUAUAUUUUUUAUUAAUGGUAUAUAGCAUUUAUUGAAUUUGGGAAGUUGUUCUCUAUUCACUGUUUUCUGUUCCAUUCCCCGAAGGCAAAACUAGUGAACUAAGCCUCCUGUCUAAACUGUCUAUUGUAAAUAUUCUGAAAUUAAAAAUAUAUAUGAAAUACAACAUUGUACAUAAUAGCAUUGUAUAAGCAUAUAUAUCAUUAAUACAGUUAAUGAUGCAUAUGCAAUGCUUCCUCUUGUUUAAAUAGUAUUUUUGUGUAACUUUGUAGACCGUCAUACGUAUAUUGACGUAAUGGACAAUUAGAUAGAAUUUGGUACUAUUCACUUUAUAGAAUCUGGGGAAAAAUAAAGCUAAAAACCAAACCUAAUUAUUCCUAGACCUAGCAUAGCAUAUAUAUGUACUAUAUUGGGCCAUUGAUGUGUGUUAGGCCUAGAAUGGUUAGGUUAGGUUUCAGUACCAACAAAAAUACAAAACCUUUUUCAGUUUGUCCAAAUUCAGUACAGGGUAGUACCAAAUUCUACUUUUUUUUUUUUUAUUGUCAUUACAUCAAUAUGAUGUAAUGACAUUACAUCAAUAUGAUGGUCUAGAUCAUUACUGGAAGUACUAUACUAUCUAAACAGGAGGAUGGGCUGGCAUAUGAGAAAUUGAAUUCAACUUGUGUUUAUUUCUAUUAUUUCACUCGAUAAAAGGAAAUUUAGCGCGACAUGGGGUCUUGAGUAAGAUGCAUUUAAUUUUGUAUAUUAUUUUAUGGUGCUUGCCUGCAUGUUCUGCUUUUCAGUCAGAAUAACGGAGUUUAUAGUUAUAUGCUAUUGUAGCUUUUACGAAUGGUAAAGUUAUUGGUAUAUAUACUGCCGAUUUAUAUAAUGCAAUUUAGAUGUACUGUAUUCAUAUUACUGCUUUUUGCAGGUAGUAAUGGAAAUUGCUAUAUUGUAAAAUAUUGAAGAAAUAAUAAUAAUAAUAAUACUCGGGUUUUUUUUUAACAUAUAAACAUUGUGUUGCAAGAGUUAUCAGCAGUGAACAGCAGGCUUAGGUGAAUAUGAAAAUAAAUGAAACUAUUAAUGAAGAAUAACAGUUAUUGCAACAUUUCAUGCUGUAUAAAAUAAUAUACUGUACUGUAUAAUACAAAAGAAAUUAUUAUUCAUUGUGGUAAUUGUCUAAGAAUAGGGUGAAGUCUUCCAUUAAACAUGUUUGGCAUUACUGUAUAUAUAUUGCACAAAUAUGGUGAACAGUACAUGGCCAAGUAUGUCUUGGGUAUGUGAAACUUUGGUAUAUUGGGGUUUGGUGUAUGUUUCCUUUCCCUAAUUAAUUGCUAUCUUUUCAUAGUUUUAAUAUACUGUACCUGAAAAUUCUGAAUGUAAAGAGCACUUGCUAAUUAUACAAGUUUCCCAUUGUUGGGACAGAAAGUCUGUUAGGCUUAUCAAGGCCCCCCCCCCCUAAAGCCUGUUACUGACCUCCAGGAUGAAACUUACAACAGUUCCCCAAGUUAUGGUACCUAUUUACCACUAGGUAAACGAUGGCAUCCGGUGAAAGGAAACGUGCCCAAGCAUUUCUGUCCUGUUGUGGGAAUCAAGCCUGUACUACAGGUAGGUGGCAAUGGUACAGCUGCUUUAGGGUGUGAUGCGAGGAGGAUGGUUGGUUUAAAGGGGCCAAUUAUGUGUGCUCUUAACUUGUAAUUUCUAAGGAGCCUAGAACAACUCCCAGAACCCUUUUCAGGUAAACACCAGGUAAGUUAUUAAACUUGUCAAACAUUUGUUUUACAUUAUUUUUAUAGAGUAGAAUUGAAGAAUAGUUUUUUUUUUUUUUUUUUUUUUUUUUUUUUUUUUUUUUUUUUUUUUUUUUUUUUGCAGGGAUAUUCCUGUGUGGGCCCUAAGCCUCUGGCUGGCCCACUAAGUGUUACUUGUUUCCGUUUUAUUUGGGCGGAGUAUGAGUAUUUAUGACUCGUUCAUAUGUGCAUGUAUGUUUAAAAUAAAGAUUAUUUAAA